GCAGCAGCAGCAUCUACAGCAGGGUGGCUGUCUGGCACUGCCUUUUGCAUUUUGGGCAGGUUCUGAGGUUGAGAACAGUCCCAGGCAGAUCCAAGGUGCCAGCGUUUCCCACCAGCCCAUGCUAAUCCUCUGCACAUUUGCUUUCCUGCAUUAGCUGUGAGGCAGUCCGCUGGGGAAAAAAAGGAUACUUUGGCAGUCUUGGUGCAUCUGAGGUGUGUCAUCUUGGUUUUGCACCACCCACCCUUCCUGUUCCACACGGGGAGUCUGGAUCCUUUUUAUUUUUUGUUAGGCUGUUGGGCAGGAGCGGAUUCUAGUGUAACAGCCUGGCGCUUCCUUCUGUUCCGGUGCCGGUAGCUGCCUGUCAUGAAGAUGGUUCAGUGGAAGCCUGUGUCUGAAGAGCCAAAGAAGCUGAUGUGGGGAUGGUGUAGAGAUCGCUAGAAGUCUGGGUGUGCACACUUCGGGGAUGGGCUGCACUACCAGUGUGAUUCUCUUCAAAGGCAUCCGCACCGUUUUUGAGAGAAACUGUGCUUACAUGUGCAAGCAGCCGGGAGAGAGUAAUGCCCUUGAAUAUACAGCAUACAAUUGGUCGAAAGAAGACUCAGAACUAUCGAUCGCCUUCUGCCUGGCAAAGCCAAAGCUGAUUGAGCCACUGGACUACGAAAAUGUCAUCGUGCAAAAGAAGACCCAGAUCCUGAACGACUGUCUUCGGGAGAUGCUCCUCUUCCCUUAUGAUGACUUCCAGACGGCCAUCCUGAGGCGGCAGGGGCGGUACUUACGCUCCACGGUCCCUGCAAAUGCAGAGGAGGAAGCACAGAGCCUGUUUGUCACUGAGUGCAUCAAAACCUACAACUCUGACUGGCAUCUUGUGACCUAUAAAUAUGAAGAUUACUCAGGAGAGUUCCGACAGCUUCCAAACAAAGUGCCCAAACUGGAUAAACUUCCGGUCCACGUCUUUGAAGUCGAUGAGGAGGCCGACAAAGACGAGGAUGCCGCUUCCCUUGGGUCUCAGAAGGGGGGGAUCACCAAGCACGGCUGGCUGUACAAAGGCAACAUGAACAGCGCCAUCAGUGUGACUAUGAGGUCAUUCAAGAGGCGGUUUUUCCACCUGAUUCAACUUGGCGAUGGAUCUUACAAUCUAAACUUUUAUAAAGAUGAGAAGAUCUCCAAGGAACCGAAAGGAUCCAUAUUCCUGGAUUCCUGCAUGGGCGUGAUCCAGAACAACAGAGUCAGGCGCUUCGCUUUUGAACUCAAGAUGCAAGACAAAAGCAGUUACCUUCUGGCCGCAGACAGCGAAGCAGAGAUGGAGGAGUGGGUCACUGUUCUCAACAAGAUCCUCCAGCUCAACUUUGAAGCUGCAAUGCAAGAAAAGCGGAAUGGGGACUCUCAUGAAGAUGACGAGCAGAGCAAACUGGAAGGUUCCGGUUCCGGUUUGGACAGCUACCUGCCUGAGCUUGCCAAGAGCACCAGAGAAGCAGAGAUCAAAUUGAAAAGCGAGAGCAGAGUGAAGCUUUUUUACUUGGACCCAGAUACCCAGAAACUUGACUUCUCAUCUGCUGAACCAGAAGUGAAGCCCUUUGAAGAAAAGUUCGGGAAAAGGAUUCUCGUCAAGUGCAAUGAUUUGUCCUUUAACCUGCAGUGCUGUGUCGCAGAGAACGAGGAAGGACCCACGACCAAUGUCGAGCCUUUCUUUGUCACCCUGUCCCUGUUCGACAUAAAAUACAACCGAAAGAUUUCUGCAGACUUCCACGUGGACCUGAACCACUUCUCAGUGCGGCAGAUGCUGGCCCCUGCGUCCCCAGCUCUGAUGAACGGUGGCCAGAGCCCACCUGCCUUCCAGGAUGCCCUUCAUACGGCCAUGCAGUAUCCAAAGCAGGGAAUAUUCUCAGUCACGUGUCCUCAUCCAGACAUAUUUCUUGUGGCCAGAAUUGAGAAGGUUCUCCAGGGAGGCGUCACGCACUGUGCUGAGCCAUAUAUGAAAAGCUCAGACUCUUCUAAGGUUGCUCAGAAGGUGCUGAAGAACGCCAAGCAGGCAUGCCAGAGGCUAGGACAGUACAGAAUGCCAUUCGCGUGGGCAGCAAGGACAUUGUUUAAAGACACGUCUGGGAACCUGGAUAAAAAUGCCAGAUUCUCUGCCAUCUACCGGCAAGACAGCAAUAAGCUCUCAAAUGACGACAUGCUCAAGCUGCUCGCAGACUUCCGGAAACCUGAGAAGAUGGCCAAACUCCCAGUGAUUUUAGGCAAUCUAGACAUUACAAUUGACAACGUUUCCUGUGACUUCCCUAAUUAUCUAAAUUCAUCAUACAUUCCCAUGAGGCAAUUUGAAACCUGCAGUAAAUCUCCGAUCACUUUUGAAGUAGAGGAGUUUGUGCCCUGCAUACCCAAGCACACCCAGCCUUACACAGUCUACAGCAAUCACCUUUAUGUUUACCCAAAGUACUUGAAAUAUGACAGCCAGAAGUCAUUUGCCAAGGCCAGAAACAUUGCUAUCUGCAUUGAGUUCAAGGAUUCCGAUGAAGAAGACUCUCAACCCUUGAAGUGCAUUUACGGCAGACCUGGUGGCCCGGUGUUCACAAGAAGUGCCCUUGCUGCGGUCCUACACCAUCAACAAAACCCAGAAUUCUACGAUGAGAUCAAGAUAGAGCUGCCCGCCCAGCUGCAUGAGAGGCACCAUUUACUGUUCACCUUCUUCCACGUCAGCUGUGAUAACUCCACCAAAGGAAGCACGAAGAAGAAGGACGCUGUGGAAACGCAGGUUGGCUUUUCCUGGCUUCCUCUCCUGAAAGAUGGAAGGGUGUUGACGAACGAGCAGCACAUCCCCGUCUCAGCUAACCUGCCAUCUGGCUACCUCGGCUACCAGGAGCUUGGCAUGGGCAGGCAUUAUGGUCCAGAGGUUAAGUGGGUGGAAGGAGGCAAGCCACUGUUGAAGAUCUCCACUCACCUGGUCUCCACCGUGUACACUCAGGAUCAGCAUUUACAUAAUUUUUUCCAAUACUGUCAGAAAACGGAAUCUGGAGCCCAAGCCUCAGGGAGUGAACUGGUAAAAUACCUUAAGAGUCUGCAUGCGAUGGAAGGCCAUGUGAUGAUCGCCUUCCUGCCGACCAUUUUAAACCAGCUAUUCCGAGUCCUCACCAGGGCCACCCAGGAGGAGGUUGCAGUGAACGUGACUCGGGUCAUUAUUCAUGUGGUUGCCCAGUGCCACGAGGAAGGAUUGGAGAGCCACUUGAGGUCAUAUGUUAAGUUUGCCUAUAAGGCUGAGCCGUACGUUGCAUCCGAGUAUAAGACGGUGCACGAGGAACUGACGAAAUCCAUGACCACCAUUCUCAAGCCUUCUGCCGAUUUCCUUACCAGCAACAAACUUCUGAAGUACUCUUGGUUUUUCUUUGAUGUGCUGAUAAAGUCCAUGGCUCAGCAUUUGAUUGAAAAUAACAAAGUCAAGUUACUGCGAAACCAGAGAUUUCCAGCCUCCUACCAUCACGCCGUGGAAACCGUGGUGAACAUGCUGAUGCCACACAUCACCCAGAAAUUCCGAGAUAACCCAGAAGCAUCUAAGAAUGCCAAUCACAGCCUCGCUGUGUUCAUCAAGAGAUGCUUCACCUUCAUGGACAGAGGCUUCGUCUUCAAGCAGAUCAACAACUACAUCAGCUGCUUUGCUCCUGGGGACCCCAAGACACUCUUUGAGUACAAGUUUGAGUUUCUCCGUGUGGUGUGCAACCACGAACACUAUAUUCCUUUGAACUUGCCGAUGCCAUUUGGAAAAGGAAGAAUUCAGAGAUACCAAGAUCUCCAGCUUGACUACUCCUUAACGGACGAGUUCUGCAGAAACCACUUCUUGGUGGGACUGUUGCUAAGGGAGGUGGGCACUGCACUCCAGGAGUUCCGCGAGGUCCGAGUCAUCGCCAUCAGCAUGCUGAAGAAUCUGCUGAUAAAGCAUUCUUUUGAUGACAGAUACGCUUCGAGGAGUCACCAGGCAAGGAUAGCCACUCUCUACCUGCCUCUGUUUGGUCUGCUUAUUGAAAACGUCCAGCGGAUCAACGUGAGGGAUGUGUCACCCUUCCCUGUGAACCCUGGCAGUAUCGUGAAGGAUGAAACCCUGGCUGUGCCUGCCGGGAAUCCACUCAUGACUCCACAGAAGGGAAACACACUUGACCACAGUCUGCACAAAGACCUCUUGGGUGCCAUCUCUGGCAUUGCUUCUCCGUAUACAGCCUCAACCCCCAACAUAAACAGCGUGAGAAAUGCCGACUCGAGAGGCUCUCUCAUCAGCACGGACUCAGGGAACAGCCUUGCAGACAGGAACCCCGAGAAGAGCAACUCUCUGGAUAAGCAGCAGCAGAGUGGCAUGCUGGGAAAUUCUGUGGUUCGCUGUGACAAACUGGACCAGUCUGAGAUCAGGAGCCUGCUGAUGUGUUUCCUCUACGUGCUGAAAAGCAUGUCUGACGAUGCCCUGUUUACAUACUGGAACAAAGCUUCAACUGCUGAAUUGAUGGAUUUCUUUACAAUAUCUGAAGUCUGCCUGCACCAGUUCCAGUACAUGGGGAAGCGAUACAUAGCCAGAACAGGAAUGAUGCAUGCCAGAUUGCAGCAGCUGGGCAGCCUGGAUAACUCUGUCACUUUUAACCACAGCUACGGCCACUCGGAGGCAGAUGCUGUUCACCAGUCGCUUCUCGAAGCCAACAUCGCCACUGAGGUCUGCCUCACAGCCCUGGACACCCUCUCGCUGUUCACACUGGCCUUUAAGAACCAGCUCCUAGCUGACCAUGGGCAUAAUCCCCUCAUGAAGAAAGUUUUUGAUGUCUACCUGUGUUUCCUCCAAAAACACCAGUCAGAAAUGGCUUUAAAAAAUGUCUUUACUGCCUUAAGGUCACUAAUUUAUAAGUUCCCCUCGGCGUUCUACGAGGGGCGGGCGGACAUGUGUGCCUCCCUGUGCUAUGAGGUCCUCAAGUGUUGCAACUCCAAGCUCAGCUCCAUCCGGACGGAGGCCUCCCAGCUGCUCUACUUCCUGAUGAGGAACAACUUCGACUACACUGGGAAGAAGUCUUUUGUUCGGACACACUUACAGGUCAUCAUCUCUGUCAGCCAACUGAUUGCAGAUGUGGUUGGCAUUGGAGGAACCAGAUUCCAACAGUCCUUGUCUAUCAUCAACAACUGUGCCAACAGCGACCGGCUCAUCAAGCACACCAGCUUUUCCUCUGAUGUGAAAGAUUUGACCAAGAGGAUCCGCACAGUCCUGAUGGCCACAGCCCAGAUGAAGGAACACGAGAAUGACCCGGAGAUGCUAGUGGACCUCCAGUACAGCCUGGCUAAGUCCUAUGCCAGCACCCCUGAGCUCAGGAAGACGUGGCUGGACAGCAUGGCAAGGAUCCAUGUUAAAAAUGGGGAUCUCUCAGAGGCGGCAAUGUGCUAUGUCCACGUGACAGCCUUGGUGGCAGAAUAUCUCACACGGAAAGGCAUGUUCAGACAGGGGUGCACAGCCUUCAGGGUCAUCACACCAAACAUCGAUGAAGAGGCUUCCAUGAUGGAAGACGUCGGCAUGCAGGACGUCCAUUUCAAUGAGGAUGUACUGAUGGAGCUACUGGAGCAGUGUGCAGAUGGACUUUGGAAGGCGGAGCGCUAUGAGCUGAUCGCUGACAUCUAUAAGCUUAUCAUCCCCAUCUAUGAAAAGCGGAGGGAUUUCGAGAGACUAGCCCAUCUGUAUGACACACUGCACCGUGCAUACAGCAAAGUGACAGAGGUCAUGCACUCGGGCCGCAGGCUCCUGGGGACCUACUUCCGGGUGGCCUUCUUUGGACAGGCAGCGCAAUACCAGUUUACAGACAGUGAAACAGAUGUGGAGGGGUUCUUUGAAGACGAAGAUGGGAAGGAAUAUAUCUACAAAGAGCCCAAGCUCACGCCGCUCUCAGAGAUCUCUCAGAGACUCCUUAAACUUUACUCAGAUAAAUUCGGUUCCGAAAAUGUCAAAAUGAUACAGGAUUCUGGCAAGGUCAACCCGAAGGAUCUGGAUUCCAAGUUUGCCUACAUCCAGGUGACCCACGUGACCCCAUUCUUUGAUGAAAAGGAGUUACAAGAGAGGAGAACAGAGUUUGAACGAUGUCACAACAUCCGGCGCUUCAUGUUUGAGACGCCCUUCACCCAGACGGGAAAGAGGCAGGGUGGCGUGGAGGAGCAGUGUAAACGACGGACCAUCCUGACAGCAAUACACUGCUUCCCCUACGUAAAGAAGCGGAUCCCUGUCAUGUACCAGCACCACACUGACCUGAACCCCAUUGAGGUGGCCAUUGAUGAAAUGAGCAAGAAGGUGGCCGAGCUCCGCCAGCUCUGCUCGUCGGCUGAAGUGGACAUGAUCAAACUGCAGCUCAAACUGCAGGGCAGUGUGAGCGUCCAGGUCAAUGCUGGUCCCCUAGCAUACGCCCGAGCCUUCCUCGAUGACACCAACACAAAAAGAUACCCUGACAAUAAGGUGAAGCUGCUGAAGGAAGUUUUCAGGCAAUUUGUGGAAGCUUGUGGUCAAGCCUUGGCAGUAAACGAGCGUCUCAUUAAAGAGGAUCAGCUGGAGUACCAGGAAGAGAUGAAGGCCAACUACAGGGAGAUGGCCAAGGAGCUCUCCGACAUCAUGCGUGAGCAGAUGGGAUGAUUUGCCCCCUGGAGGAGAAGACAAACGUGUUACCAAAUUCCCUGCACAUCUUCAACGCCAUCAGCGGGACACCAACAAGCACAGUGGUUCAAGGGUUGACCAGCUCGUCCUCAGUUGUGUGAUUUUUACCUCAUGAACCAUGUGUGAGGACAUGCUUUGUCAUGUGCAAACUCAGGAUGACUUCCAGAGCUAAUCACUGGUGUGGCCAAGCACAGGAAGAAGCCAUGGGGAAUGGGAGAGAGAAGGAGCCUGGACUGUGAUAUUUAAUAGCAGAUUUUAUAGGAGUCGGGGGAAGGUGCACAUAUUUUUUUAAAUCUCACUGGCAAUAUUUAGUUUUCCUCAUAUCUUAACAGGUAUAUGUGGAUACUCUUGAGCUGAAGUUCAGUUUUAUUCUUCUUACAGUAUAGUAUUAAAAUAAAUGGUCUAAAGGAAAAGAGGGAAAGUGUGCUGGGACACCUAGAGCAGGUGUGCUGGGACUGGGACACCUGUAGCAGGUGUGCUGGGACUGGGACACCUGUAGCAGGUGUGCUGGGACACCUGUAGCAGGUGCGCUGGGACACCUGUACCAGGUGUACUGGGACGGCUGGGACACCUGUAGAAGGUGAGCUGGGACAUCUGUAGCAGGUGUCCUGGGGCUGGGACACCUGUAGCAGACACAGCAGCAUUGUGGGACUAAGCUGGAAAAAUCUUGAAAAUAUUUUUCUCCCUGGGGCACAUUCAGGUUGAGUACAAGAACUAUUUUUGUGUCUAGUUUUGAUGACGGAAGGGAAUUGACUAUUGUAAUUUUUGUACUAGUGAAUGAGGAGACUUAGAGCCUUUAUAUUCACGCCUUGUGUUGACAACAUGAGCACUUCAGAAGCUGAGUGUGAGCCUAAGCCUAGUCAGCAGCGUAGAACCAAAGGCCUGAACUAGCAAACACACCCGUGCUGAAACCUAAAGCCCAUGUACAUACGGACUGCUAAUACAGCCUCCUCGCUACGUCCACACACUCACCACAUUUCUACACUUUUAAUAUGUCAGCGUCCAUGUUAAGUUUAUUAUUUGUGGCCCACUUGUGCUGUUCUCGGUAUAUGCAAACACAUUGGACUUCACUGUUUAUUCUUGUACAUAAGUGCAAUAUGGAGAUGUAUACAGUCUUUGCUAUAUUAGGUUUAUAAACUGUUUUAAAAAAAAUUCAUCCUUUUGCCAAAAUGGUGGACUAAGUGAUUGGUAAACCCUAAACCCUGUGGUGAGUGGAGGGAUAAUUUAAAGUUUUCACCAUGUUAUAUUUUCUUUUAAGACUUUAAUUUAGUAAUUUUAUAUUUGGAAAAAAAUAAAGGUUUUUAAUUUAACUGGAAUCACUGCCCUGCUGUAAUUAAGUAUCCUGUACCCCAACUGUAUUAAAAAUAACAUUGCUGAUUUUCUGGUAAUAAACGCUGAAUGUUUGUUGUCUGGCGAUCCUAAAAACGGACAGGGUACCUAGUGGUGAAAUAACAUUACAUAAUUUUCUCUAAAAAAAAAAAAAAAGAGUGUGGAUGGAUACAGU